GAUUCGAUAUUGUAUGAUUUUGAUCCCGGUGAAAGUUUUACUGGAUCAGAUUUCAUCAGAGUUUCUGGAAAUUGAUUUGAUCGACGAGAAGCAAUUAUGGAAUUUGGGUUUUCUCGAGAGUGAAGGAUGAUCCAGAGAAGAAGACUGGAACUUUCAAAGGAUUGAUUUUUAAACAAUCAUGUGGCUUUCCUUCUUAAGACCCAGAGAUCGAUUCUCCUUAGCCGAACUCAGGUAUUUGACUGACCAGCUGAGAAAGAUUCAGAUAGUGAACGAUGCUAAUAAGGAUCUCGUUGUCGAGGCACUGAGAUCGAUUGCGGAGAUAUUAACUUAUGGUGAUCAGCAUGACCCCUUAUUCUUUGAAUUUUUUAUGGAGAAACAAGUAAUGGGAGAGUUUGUACGUAUUUUGAGGGUUAGCAAGACGGUAACAGUUUCCGUACAGUUGUUGCAAACCAUGAGUAUUAUGAUCCAAAACCUAAAAAGUGAACAAGCCAUCUAUUACUUGUUCAGUAACGAAUAUGUAAACUAUUUGAUAACAUAUACAUUUGACUUCCAACACGAAGAGCUUCUAUCUUACUACAUAUCCUUCUUAAGAGCGGUUAGUGGGAAGCUAAACAAGCAUACAAUAUCGUUGCUUUUGAAGACCGAGAACGAUGUAGUAGUUUCUUUCCCCCUUUAUGUCGAAGGCAUACAAUUUGCAUUUCAUGAAGAGAACAUGAUACGCACUGCAGUUCGUGCCCUGACUCUUAAUGUAUAUCACGUUGGUGAUGAAUCUGUGAAUGAUUAUGUAGUUAGUCCACCGCACACCGAGUACUUUUCAAAAUUAAUUUCAUUUUUCCAAAAGCAAUGCAUGGAUCUAAGUGCAAUGGUGUUGAACACUCUAAAGAGCCCAUCUCCGGAUUCAGGUGGAAAAUUGUUUUCUGCCGUUGAUGGGAUUGAGGACACCUUGUACUACUUUAGUGAUGUUAUCUCUGCUGGCAUACCUGAUAUCGGGAGGCUGAUAACAGAUCACAUUCUGCAGCAUCUAACUCUUCCACUUCUUCUCCCGUCUUUAUGCUCCGAGGCUGUAAAUGAUAUAUCAGUUGAUCCUGUCACUUCUCUCUACCUGCUUUCAUGCAUCCUGCGGAUAGUUAAAAUCAAAGAUUUGGCAAAUAUGACUGCUGCUACUCUUUUCUGCCCUGUAAAAGCAUUCAUUUCAAGUUCCCUGGUGAAACCUAAUAACAGCUUGGCUCCUGAACUCCUUACAUAUGGAAAUGGGCAUCCAGACAAGGGUGUUACUGAGGAGGCAGAUCAACAGUGUUCAAGCACUGCAGUCAUGAGUGAGGAUGGAAAGUCUCACGUUUGCAGUGAAGAUACUCCGAAAAGUAUCUUCAACAAUUCUCAUAUGACGUUUAGGGAGACUUUACUUCAGUAUAUUUCUGAGGGAGAUGAUGUACAAGCUCAGGGUUCCUUGUUUGUGCUAGCCACUUUGCUGCAGACAAAAGAACUUGAAGAGUCAAUGCUAGAUGCUUUUGGUAUUCUUCCUCAGCGUAAGCAGCACAAAAAACUUUUGCUGCAAUCUUUGGUUGGGGAGGACCCUGGUGAAGAACAAUUGUUUUCACCGCGAAAUGGUUCUAUGAGAGAUGGCUUAAGUAGUGAACUUGAUUGGUAUCUACGGAGGUUGGAGGAGCAGUUUGGAGUGUGCUGUUCAUUGCCUGGGGCUGCAAGGUGCCCCCGUGUACAUAGACAUCAGGUGGUGGAUACAUUGGUCACUCUUCUCUGCCGAGAAAACAUAUCUGCAGAAACAUUAUGGGAUGGAGGAUGGCUUUUACGCCAAUUACUUCCUUAUAGCGAGGCAGAAUUUAAUCGCAAACAUCUCAAGAUGCUGAAUGUUUCGUAUGAGAAAUGCAAAAGUGCCCUUACCCGGGAAAUUAAAGGUACCUGGCCUGAUCUACUUAUCACAGUACUGCUUGAUGAGUGGAGAAAGUGCAAAAGAGUAAUCGAAGCUCCAUCCCCUCAAAAAGAGCCUAAAUCUGUUCUUCUCCAGCUGGAUAGAUCCUCUUCUAAUGAUAACGCUGUUAGCGAAUCAUCAUUCACAGCAGGUGAAAGAAUGUGCGAGGUGGUUUUCGUACUUCUUCAUCAACUCCAAAUCUUCUCGCUCGGUAGGCCCUUACCCGAGCAGCCUCCUAUUCAUCCUCCAGCCGACCGAUCUGAAAGUUCUCGUGCCACAAUUGCUGGUUUGGAUGUUUCAGUCCCCAAACCUGGCACCGAACUGAAGCUAGUUGAUGCUGUACCCUGUAGGAUUGCCUUUGAAAGAGGCAAGGAACGUGAUUUCUCGUUUCUAGCAUUAUCAUCUGGUGAGUCUGGGUGGAUUGUCCUUGCUGAUCCAGAUAACGGAAUUGUCCGUGUAACCGCACCUUUAGCCGGCUGCAAACCCCGAAUUGACGAAAAGCACCCAAAAUGGCUACACUUGAGAAUCCGACCAUCUACAUUACCGUUGUUGGAUCCAACAAAGCGAGGAGUCUAUGAGAAGCUCAAGUCCAAAGGCCUAGUAGACGGUAGAUGGAUUUUAGCAUUCAGGGACGAUGAAUCUUGCCACUCUGCUUACUCAAUGGUUGCAGGUGAGAUCGAUCAACAAUGCAGCGAGAAAACGACAGCUUUAAAGAAAGCUUACGCAGAGAUGAUUCUAAACACAGCGAAAGAAUCAGCGGCUAGGGUUAUCGUUUCCGAGAGAAAAUCAGCUCAGUUUCAUCACGAUCUUCACGGAACUAAAGACGAAGCUCUUCGUUUACUUGUCCGAUUAAAACAGAUGAUUGAUGCUAAGACGAUUGAAGCAGAGAUUACAUCAUCAAACCAGCAACAACAGAUUGAUGUGCUUGAAGCUCAGCUUCAAGAAGCUGAAGAUAUUAUUACUGAUUUAAGGUCAGAGUUGAGAUGGGUUAGAGAUAAAUUGGAGAAAGCUAGGAAGGAUCAAGACACCAUUUCUGCUCCAGAGGUUGUUGUUGGAAAUGUGUAUCAGAGCUCAUUAAAUGAUGAUGAAUGUUGUGGCAAUGAAACCAUUUCUGCUACAGAGGUUGUUGCAAGUGACUCUCUUUUGAUACAGAGCUCAUUCUAUGAUGAUGAAUGUGGAAAUGACAGAAUGCUGUUUGAUGGGUUGUGUGUUGAAACUUCAAAGGUUUGUGAGUCUGAAUUGGAUGCAAAUAUCGGAAACAAGAAGCUUGAGCUGUCGAGGAAUGGGUGUACACAGAGGAUUCAUGCUUUGGGGAGUAAAGCAUCUGUUUCUGCAAGUGAAGAGGAACGGCGCAUAACUGAAAAGGAAAGUGAAGAAAACUUGAGCUCAGGAAACACAAGAUGUCUUGUUCUUGCUCUUAGAGCCAAGAAUGCAGAGGUGAUACCGUUAAAGCCGUCAAAUUCACUAGGUAUCAAGAAGUCCCGCAAGUUACAAGGAAGGAGAAAGACAAGGUGGAGUAAACGAAUAGCUUCACUAGUUAGGUCCCAAAGUACCAAGACAUCCUUGGAAAAUGCAGAUGGCGAAGACUCAAUGGAGACACAUCUGUCGGUAGAGAAUGAGGAGGUUGAUGCACUUAAUGCAUGUAAAGGAUUGGAAGAACAUUUGCAGCAUAAUGCUGAUGGUAUCGGUAUCAUCCGUGAAGAGAAAAGAAGCAAGUAUGUGGAACAUUUGGAUGGUUUAAAUCAUACUGAUCAUGUGGUGGAGGAUGGUGAAAAUAAGGCAGAUACACCUAAAAAUGAGACUAAGAUAAAGCCGCAUCCUUGUUUGGAUCCUGUGUUAACUUCAAUUGUGGAUCCAACGUCAGGAUCCAAACAUGCUACUGUCAUCAGUGUGAAUGCAACAAAUCGAUCAACAGAUAAAGACUUGAAAUCAAGAAAAGAAGACGUGUUGGUAAAAUGUGAAGGUGAAGAAGAUAGUGUGGUUCCAACUACCAAAAUGAGCUCUGAUCAGUUGGUCAAUCCAUGUUCUGAUUUGAAAGCUACUGCAGUGGUAUCAGAUCAAAUCAGUGAGUCUCCGAGAACUGACGGAAAUCGCCUUGUGAAGUAUACAUUCCAAAGGAAACGCAAAAGGGAUCGUUAAACCAAAAUGGAUGGUGCAAGGGAACUAAAGUUUUAAAGCUUAGGAUUAUGUAUUUAUCCAUCUUGACACCUUAUUGUGAUAAAAACCAAUGUUGUUU